GAAAGUUGGACUACUGUUCAGUCGCAUUGCUUCUACCACUAAAUAUUUUGGACUCGGUCUUUCCGGAAAGAAUAAAACAAGUUGGUUGGAGGACUUUACUGUGGAACGUUAACAUAAAAGAGCACAUGAAAAUGGCAACUUCCACCCGAGCGCAUAACUUGCUUUCGAGCUUACCGGAGAUAAUUUUCAAAAUUAUGGACUUCUUGCCCACUCAAGAUAUAGAAACGACCUCUCUUAUCAACUCCACGUGGGAACGGGAAGCUCUGAGACAUCUCCUAAGACGAAACUCGGUCGACGUUCGCCUCCACACUGGCACCGAUUCCACAGAUGACCUUGUCCCCCUUAGGAACUUGUCCCCCGUUCAACUCAGCUUAUAUAUCCCCCCACCCAAGGAGGACCAAUUGGAGGUUUUAUUUUCAAAAAUUGACUCAUUCACCGUCCUCAAUUUCACCUCCGUGACAAAAUUCAGUCUAUUUAUUCCCGUCGAUAACUCACUACGACACGUGGCGUCUCGUUUCACCAAGAUUCAUGAAUCCUUUAAAAACUUGAAAUCCCUCGAAUUUCAAUUCUACUUGACCAAUCCUAUAGAAUCAUUUUCUUCCGGGCAAAAUUGGGCAGACCUAUUUCCUGACAGUCACGUGACCCAAAACCUGACAAAUUUAUCCCUUGACGUAUCCCGACUCCUUCCCGAUAGGGAAACUGACCGAUGGGAUCACAUGGUCUCGCUAACCACCCGACUUGUAAGCGUGUUUAGACACGUGGAAUCUCUCAAAUUAAUUGACACACGUGGUGGGCUGAAUCAUGAAAAAGAUCUCAUUUUACCCCAUCUCAAGUCAAUCUGCUUAAUAAGAACGUUUCCCAUCUACGGAGAAUAUAACCCGGUCACGCAAUUUUUUGAUUUUGAAGCACCCUUCGCGCCAAGUUUUGCGAACGUGAGGCGACUCGAGUUUAACAUUCUGUUCCACGAUAAGUCCAACAGCGUGGAUCUUUUGCAACUCCUCGCGCCACAGCUGGAACACGUGUGCAUUUCCGGGGUCCAUAAUACCAGCCCGAAUAACAGAAAUUAUGCCGUGACUUACGUCCCGAUUCCGGUUCUCCCGAGGUUGAAAGUUUUCGAAAUUUUAAGAGAAGAAAGUAUCGAUCGUGACUAUGAAAGGAAUUUUUUCCGACCGCAUAUCUACUUAAAUUUUAAAAGUGGGAGGGACGCGAUUGCGCCAGUGUAUGGAGAACAUUUCCCUGUCCUGGAGAGGUUAAGGGUGCACGUGGUACCAUCCACAUGGAAGAAUGAGAUCCCUUGUCCCGAUGAGAAUUUGCAUUUUGAGGCGACCAUGCUUUUCCUAUAUGAAAAUUUUUUGAAGGAGGGGAUCACGCCAAGUGAGACGGUGAAGAGUUUGGAUAUUGGUUUCCCCAGGGGGGAAGGGAUGUGGGAAAUAUGGUAAUGAAGUGGCCGGGUUAUGGUCACUGGGGUUGGAGGGAGGAGGUGCCGGAUUUUUAUGGGAGAAUUGCCACCAUUUUUCCACACGUGGACUACCACGUGGUUGAGAAAGGGAAGGAAGACUUGAGAAUUGCAAGGGCAAAGAAGUUGGGGGAGGCGCCCGGGGGGAUAUUUGAGAGUGCAGGGAUGCGCAGGGUGGUUUAAUUGAUUCGAUUACAUUUCUAGGAGAUAGAUUUUCGCCACUAGGCAAAUUGUUAGAAAGUACUUGAUUCAAAAGUACUCCAUUUUAUAACACAUUUCGGUUGUAUUUUACUAAUGUGUCAUUCAUGCAUAUCUAACUAGAUUAGUAAGGCGAACUAUCGUACAUUAUACAUACUGUAUACCUACAUAGUGGGGUCAUAAGUUCUCGUGAAUGCAUUUCCGGUAA